AUGACGAGAGCACACUCUAAGAACCGGUUUAUGACGAGAGCACACCCCGAGAACCGGUUUAUGACGAGAGCACACUCUGAGAACCGGCUUAUGACGAGAGCACACUCUAAGAACCGGUUUAUGACGAGAGCACACCCCGAGAACCGGUAUAUGAUGAGAGCACACCCCGAGAACCGGUUUAUGACGAGAGCACACUCUGAGGACCGGUUUAUGACGAGAGCACACCCCGAGAACCGGUUUAUGAUGAGAGCACACACCGAGAACCGGUUUAUGAUGAGAACACACCCCGAGAACCGGUUUAUGAUGAGAACACACCCCGAGAACCGGUUUAUGACGAGAACACACCCCGAGAACCGGUUUAUGAUGAGAACACACCCCGAGAACCGGUUUAUGACGAGAGGACACUCUGAGAACCGGUUUAUGACGAGAGCACACCCCGAGAACCGGUUUAUGACGAGAGCACACUCUUAG